AUGACGUUGUUUAUGCGCCUUCCGUGUGGUACCUCUAGGAAAAAUGGCGGACGGUAUGAAUGUUGGAGUGAAUUUGGAGGCUUUUUCUCAAGCAAUCAAUGCUAUUCAGGCUCUACGGUCAAGUGUAACAAGAGUUUUCGAUUCACUGAAAGAUGGAAUGAAAAACAAAGAGACCCUGGAAGGGAGAGAAAAGGUUUUCAUCACCGAAUUUCAAGAUAACUUGCAAUCAGUCAACCGUGACUUGAAUGAGUUGGAGCGUCUCAGCAAUCUGGUCGGCAGGCCGUCAGAGAGUCAUCCCCUACACAACAGUGGACUGCUCAGCUUGGACCCAGUGCAGGACAAGACCCCACUCUACAGUCAGCUCCUCCAGGCCUACAAAUGGUCCAACAAGCUGCAGUAUCAUGCCGGAUUGGCCUCCAGCCUCCUGAACCAGCAGUCACUCAAGCGCUCGGCCAAUCAGAUGGGACCUUCUGCCAAGAGGAGGCCCAAAGUCCAGCCCAGUGCCCUGGUCCUGCCCCCACAGUACGUGGACGACGUGAUAACCAGGAUCGGGCGGAUGUUUCCGGACAUGACGAUUGAGCUUUUCCGACCUAACGGGACUUCAGCAGUGCUUCUGGUGACUCUGGGGAAGGUUCUGAAAGCCAUCGUGGUGAUGCGGAGUCUGUUCAUCGACCGCACCAUCGUCAGGGGCUACAACGAGGACGUGUACUCAGAGGAUGGCAAGCUGGAUAUCUGGUCAAAGUCCAACUACCAAGUCUUCCAGAAGGUGACUGAUCAUGCCACCACUGCUCUGCUGCACUACCAGCUCCCCCAGAUGCCUGAUGUGGUGGUGCGCUCCUUCAUGACGUGGCUGCGGAGCUACAUUAAGCUCUUCCAGACCCCGUGUCAGCGCUGUGGGAAGUUCCUGCAGGAGGGCCUACCCCCCACCUGGAGGGACUUCCGUACGCUGGAGGCUUUCCAUGACAUGUGCCGCCAGUGAUGGAACCUUCCCCGACCUGUUCCGCCGCCUCCUCCCAGCAGAACCCGCGGAACCCAACCGGGAGGUGCCCCAGAACCCCAGCAGAGCGCAGCGCCGUCUCGCCGAAACACAGAACUUUUCCAGCACGUGUGUGUGUCUGUCUUCCGAAGACACAGACACACACACACGAACUCUGUUUCACACACGCACACACACACACACACACACAC